AUGGAAAUCCAAUUCCAACAGCAUCAAAAGGGAGGAAAUCCAAUGAGCAAAUUCAAGGGGAGAAAUAAAAGUAGCAGCAAUAACAACAAAUUUAUAGGGGUGAGACAAAGGCCUUCUGGGAGAUGGGUAGCUGAGAUCAAAGACACAACAAAGAAGAUUAGGAUGUGGCUUGGAACCUUUGAAACUGCUGAAGAAGCUGCUCAUGCCUACGACGAGGCUGCUUGCCUUCUUCGCGGAUCCAAUACUCGCACAAACUUCAUUACCAAUGUCUCUGCUGACUCUCCUCUCGCUUCUCGAAUUCGAAAUCUGCUAAACAGCAAAAAAAGUGCAAAACGGCAGAGUCUGAAUGUAUCUAACUCUACAAGCAGUAACACCAUUAAGAGUAGUACUGGCAUUACAAGUAAUCCUACUACUAGUACUGAUGAUACAAAUGGUUGUGGUGGUGACUUCAUUAGCAGUGGUGACUCUCUUUCUAGAAGCAAGAUACAAGAUUCCCAGUUGUUUGAUGAUGCAUAUAGACCUGAUUUCAGCAAUUUCGCCGAAGAAUUGAACUUAGACUCUUCUCAAUCUGAUAUGGCUUGGGGUUUUGGACCCGGGCUUAAUCGGUUUCCUUUGACUGAAGAGAUGCUGGAAUUACCAAAGAAUCUUGUUCUACCAGAGACAACUGGCCCAGAUUUUUCAGAAUUUGAGCUCAUGAAAGUUGAAAGACAGAUAUCAGCAUCGCUUUACGCGAUGAACGGGGUGCAGGAGUGUAUGGAAACUGUCCAUGAUCCUACUGAAGCUUUUUGGGAUCUUCCUCCUUUAGAUGGUUUCGACAGCAACCCCUUGGCCAUAGCAAAGGCCAUCUCUUACAACCAUGAACAGAGCUGCCCAACGAUCUCAAAACAUGGACAACACAUAACUUCCAGGCCAAUCGAUAAUGAGAGGUUAGNCAUAAUAGAUGGUUUCGACAGCAACCCCUUGGCCAUAGCAAAGGCCAUCUCUUACACCCAUGAACAGAGCUGCCCAACGAUCUCAAAACAUGGACAACACAUAACUUCCAGGCCAAUCGAUAAUGAGAGGUUAGACUUCAAGCAAUGA